AUGGGUGGCGGUCCCAAGAUCCCGUAUCCCAAGCACGUCUGGUCGCCGGCCGGUGGUUGGUACGCCCAGCCUGCCAACUGGAAGGCCAACACGGCCAUUCUCGGUGUCUGCGUCUUUGGCAUCACUGCUAUGGUCUGGAACCUGAGCGCCGAGAGGGAGUUCCGUCACAAGAUGCCCGAGCCAGGACGUUUCUACCCAAGCAGAUCUGGAGCAAACAAAUCAUCGAGCACGAGCGGGCGCAAAAGGAAAAGGCAGAGGCAGAGAAGAAGUCAUCAUAAGACAACAGUACCCAAACCGGCGCGGGGGCCAUUUUCACGGUGUAACUUGUACAUGAAUUCAACAAAUUUUGGAACCUCUAGGCAUCGAUAUCAUCUUUUUUUUUCCUUUGGUGUUUGGAGCCUCAACACAAUGCCUUUGUUCUUGGUCGCUACGGGUUUCCGUACAAUACGGCUGUGUUCUACGCAACAGCCCUGUUCACAACACAUUGUUCGGUGUUGCUGCUGA